AUGGCGUCGCAAUCAACCGUGGGCUCGUACUCGAAUCCCUUGAAGAAAUUCAAGCUUGUCUUCCUGGGCGAACAAAGUGUUGGCAAAACAUCAUUAAUAACCCGCUUUAUGUACGAUUCCUUCGACAACAUGUACCAAGCCACCAUCGGCAUAGACUUCCUUUCUAAAACAAUGUACCUCGAAGACCGGACUGUACGCUUGCAGUUAUGGGACACCGCUGGCCAGGAAAGGUUCCGCAGUCUAAUUCCCUCAUACAUCCGUGACAGCUCCGUCGCAGUAGUCGUCUACGAUAUUUCAAAUCUCAAAUCUUUCCACAAUACGAGAAAAUGGGUCGACGAUGUGAGAGGCGAAAGGGGACAAGAUGUCAUUAUUGUGCUAGUGGGAAACAAGACGGAUCUGGGUGACAAGAGGGAGGUCAGCAGUCAGAUGGGCGAGGAGGAGGCGAAGAGAUGUGGUGCACUUUUUGUGGAGACUAGUGCGAAGGUGGGAGCAAAUGUCAAGGGACUUUUCAGAAGGAUUGCUCAGGCACUUCCGGGCAUGGAAGGAGAGGGUGGAGCGGCGGGAGGGGAGAGUCAGAUGAUCGAUGUGAAUAUCAACCCAUCGAAACCAGAGGGCAACGACGGAUGCGCUUGCUAG